UACUAAUCAAAUUUUAUAAAUGAGAUGCUUGAUUCCUUGCUGGUCUAACACUUCACCUUCGUUGUUGAAUCCCCAUUCUCUUGGUCUUGCACACUUCAAAUCUCUGCUGCCUUCAUUUUUCUUCACUGCAGAUGGAUGUUUUCAUCUCACUCAGACUCCUCUGCUGUAUUGUUCUCCUUACAACAACCUCUGCUGCUACUAACAACUGCACCUCAGCUAAGUGCAGCCUCUUCUCUCCCGACAUACGGUUCCCGUUCCGCAUCCAGGGCCGGCAGCCACCGCAGUGUGGUGUCCCUCACUUCAAUCUUUUCUGCAGACAAAACACCACAAUGAUCCACAUACCUAGCUAUGGGGAUUUGGUCGUCAAGUCCAUCUCCUAUGAUGCAAGAAGGCUGAGCCUUCUCGACCCCAAAACUUGUGUCUACCAAGUUUUCUUGAACCUGAAUCUUUCUCUCACCCCAUUCAGCUACUAUUAUGCUGUGAAACAGUACAAAUACAUCAACUGUUCAGCCCAACUUGUGGGCUCUUUGGAACGAGUUCCAUGUCUGAGUGGCUCCAACCAUCAUGUUUACAUCGUAGAAUCCUCCUUUCCGGUGCCCGUUUAUUGCAGUUGUGUCAGAACUGUUGCAAUACCGUUUUCCUACAGUCAGUAUCUGUCUGCAGACAGCAGUUUUGGUUUGGGGUUUACGUGGAACUUAGUUGAAGAAGAAGCAACAUCAGGUUGUAUGCUUGGAAUCCUAUGCAGCACAAGGCGCUUGGAGAAAUAUUUCAAAGAUAUAUAUACGGUAUCAGGCAUAAUUGCGUUUGCUUUCAUGGCUGGUGUGCUGUUUUAUGCAACUCUCUCAAAGUAUUAUAAGAAAUUAAAUGAAGAGAAAGGUAAACGGAACGUCUGGUGAAAUGGAGACCAACAAAUCGCUGGGGGAGAGAAUGGCCGAUAUGAAGCUUUGGACGCCCAUUAUAUAUGGCCAGGCAAUUUAACCUUCUAUGAUAUUAUAAAUGAGUAAUUAUUCUUAUAUAAAAAAAUUAUAAUUUAUCGCCGGUGCUUUUUAAAAUUAAACAAUUUACCUUUCUGUCUAAAAAGGUAAAUUGCUUUAUUUUAAAAAGCAUAGGGAGGUAAAUUGCUAUAUUUUGAAGAAUAUAGGGAGGUAAAUUAUUAUUUUAUUUUCACAAAAGAAUAAUUUGCUUAUUUAUAAUAUCACAAGUAUUGUAUACAUUUUUCCCGGAUGUUGUAUGUAUGGUCGUCAGACAUCAAAGUAAAAGAAGCAUCAUCGCAGCUCUAUAUAUGUAAAUGUUGGGGGAAGAAAAGAAGUUAGUAUUUAAUUUUUUCGAAA